CUUCAGAAUAGGAGCCUGUCCUUACAGUGGCUAAGGAGUGGCAAUGGAAGAAGCCUACUCAACAUGAAGAUGACAAGAACAGCUCAGCCAAGCUUCUGAUUCCGUGGAACAUGGAGCACUUCAUCAGUUUGGCCUCAGAAGGCACAACUGCUCUGGGGGACCUAAGCUUAGGGUCCCUGGAAGGUGGAGCAUUGCCUCAGCUUUGGCACUGGAGAAAGAGGAUGCUCUGGUGCAUGGAUCCAAGGGAAGACUUAUAGCAAGUCCAAAAACUCCACGCGAAGUCAAUAAUUAAACAUAACAAUGGAAACUGAACUUUCAACAGGAAAACACAUUUUGAAUUUUUCACUCUGAUUCAAUAAUCAGGGAAUAUUGAUGUAACACCUCUACAAAUUACCUGUCUCAGGUGUGGUGCAUAAAUACAUGAGUGCACCUAUGAUGUGUGUUUUAGAAAUAGCUGUUAAACUUUGGUUUGAAUGAAGAAUGUCUCUCAAUUCACCUAUAUUUCUGAAACGAAGUGAAGAAAAUAAUUCAAAAUUUGUGGAAACAAAACAGUCACAAACUACUUCCAUAGCUUCAGAAGAUCCCCUUCAAAACUUAUGUUUAGCAUCUCAAGAAGUUCUUCAAAAAGCUCAGCAAAGUGGGAGAUCAAAAUGUCUCAAAUGUGGUGGUUCCAGAAUGUUCUACUGCUAUACAUGUUAUGUUCCAGUUGAAAAUGUACCUAUUGAACAGAUUCCACUUGUGAAGCUUCCAUUGAAGAUUGACAUCAUUAAACAUCCAAAUGAAACAGAUGGCAAAAGUACUGCUAUACAUGCAAAACUCUUAGCACCUGAAUUUGUAAACAUUUACACGUAUCCUUGUAUUCCAGAAUAUGAAGAAAAGGACCAUGAAGUUGCACUCAUUUUUCCUGGACCUCAGUCUAUCUCAAUAAAAGAUAUUUCUUUUCAUCUGCAAAAAAGGAUUCAAAAUAAUGUUAGAGGCAAAAAUGAUGACCCUGACAAGCCACCUUUUAAACGCAAAAGAACUGAAGAACAACAGUUCUGUGAUUUGAAUGACAGCAAGUGCAAAGGCACACCACUGAAAAAAAUUAUAUUUAUAGAUAGUACCUGGAACCAAACAAACAAAAUAUUCACUGAUGAGCGACUUCAAGGGUUGUUACAAGUUGAGUUGAAAACAAGAAAAACUUGCUUUUGGCGCCAUCAAAAAGGAAAGCCAGAUACUUUCCUUUCUACAAUUGAAGCCAUUUACUACUUUCUGGUAGACUACCAUACUGAUAUAUUAAAAGAGAAAUACAGAGGGCAAUAUGACAAUCUUUUAUUUUUCUAUUCUUUUAUGUACCAGUUGAUAAAGAAUGCCAAAUGCUCUGGAGAUAAGGAAACAGCAAAACUUACACAUUAGUUUUUAACAAGCCACUUAUGUCUUUUUAUUUUGCUAACAUUAAUAAACUUAUAUUUGUGCUUUGUUUUUUUCUUAAGAAAUAAUCAUAUAUAAUGCCUGUAAGACCAUUUGAAAAAAUUCCAGUUUUAUAUAUAUUACUUCAUAUUUCUUAAAGGGAAGGAAAUUGUAUCUAGGGGAAUUUUUCAGAGAUACUGUUGAUAGAAAAACUUACUUCAGAAGUUAUUUGCUCAGUGAAACCGCAGUUUCAUUACUACAUUUUAAUAUAGUGUGUUAUGUCUCUGUGAUUAGAUAUAUUCAAUUAGAUCUAAUUAGCUAUUUAUUUCAAAAUCUUUAUAUCUUUUCACCUGUACUCAUGACCACCUUUAGAAGUAAAUGGGGUUACAAUCUACUGGCUGAAAAAUAGGUCAUAAGUGAUUUUUCUUGAGGUUAGUAGCAAACAUAGGCAGAACUAGAAUUAGAGUUCCAGUGUCUAGGGCUGUUUCUUUAAGCCCUAAGGUUGUUAAAAGCAGAGAUUCUGGAGCUAGACUACCUGAAUCUAAAUCUCAGCCUUUCUGCUUAUCAGCCAUGUCAUUUUCUUCCAUUUGUACAAAGCAGGCGAUACUGAGCAACUACCUUAUAGGAUUAACUGGGAAUUAACUGAGUUAAUAUCUAAGUGACUUUCAGCAGUACCUGAAAUAUAGUAAGUGUUAUAUAUAUAUAAUUAUAUAUGUAUAUGUAUAUGUUUAUAUAUAUUAUAUAUAUAUGUUUACUCUUUCUAUUUUAUUUGGAAUUAUGAACUAAGAAUAGUUGAAGCCCAGCUGCUAGUGGCCAUCUCUGCUACUAGAUGAAAAGAGCCUGAUUUAGAUUGAAGUCAGCAAACGAAAGCAGAGUGGAGAGAGAAAGACUGAGUCCUGAUGACAUCAUUUAUUUACCUAGACCUAGCUGUUUUUGAAUAGAGCCCUACUGUACUGAAUAGCUUUUGUCUGCUCUUUUCUAUUCUGCUCCCUACUCUGUGAGGUAGAUUCCCUUGCUCUCUUGCUUUUGGUUGGGUUCAACAAAUGGGAAGCACCAGUGGGAGAUUAGAAGUUGAGAGGAAAAUGAAAUGAUGUUAUUUAUUUCCCUGGCUCCAUUCCUGCCAUGUCAUCAUCAGUUGGCUGUGUUCCUCUGCUAAAUAGUACCCUAUCAGGAAUCCUAUCCCCUCUGUUCCCAAGCAGUUAUCCCAGUUACCUCACUAGGUUUAGUUCCUGCUCCCUCCUUUACCCCUUUUCACUUAGGGCUGGUAAUAGCUUACAGUUAUUACUAGCCCCAGGGUAGUUCACUACCACUUGUUGCUUUCCCUAAACCCUGCUAAUACAUUUGUAAUACUGAAGUUGUUUUGUUACAGUCUUCUAUUUCUUUUGGGGACUCUGAUAAAUUCACUUGUUUGGGUGAAAUAAUAGCACAUUUCCUGAAGUCUAUACAGUGGCACACAUCAUGUGUUAUGGGGGAAAGAGUUCUUGGUGAAAUUAGUUUGCUGUACAUUACUUUGUUUCCCUCCCAGAGAUUCAGAAGGCAAAACAUAUUAAAGGUUCUGAAAAGUCCUGAAAUAAACAUUUUGAACU